ACCGGCGCCUCACCACUGCUCCGAUGUCGUCUUGGCUAAUUUGUGCGUCAUUGUGAUACGUGGCGGCUCUCCGUGGUUGUUAUUUGUUAUUGUGGUGUGCUAACUGGCGCUCGUAUUGUCCGAGAGUGUGUUUGUGUAAAACCUCGUCCACUCCGGGAAUUUAUCUAGAAAGUGUUUCAAGGUGAUGUUACUGAAACUGUUUAUUUGCUGAAAAUGUUUAAGGACGAACAUCUCACUCCAUAGGCAAGAGUCUUGUCACCAAGAUGAGUGGAACGAGCAGAUUUGACGAUCUACUCACGCACCUCGGCACCGGACCCUGGAACAUGCUGUACUUCCUCGCCUCGUCCUACUGGCUUCUACUGGUGCCUCCACAGUUCCUCAGCGGAGUGUACGUCGCGCCUGCCAUCAACUACACCUGCUUGCCUCCAGAGGGAACGAGAGUAGACUCCUGCAGUUACACAAGAGUGACGGAGGCCGGGGCUGAGGUGGAGGAGGCGUGCACUGAGUGGGACUUCGAUACCUCCGUCUUCACCAGCACUCUCACCUCGGAGUUCUCCUUAGUGUGUGACAAGAAGAAGCUGCAAGCGACCUUCCAGAGUAUUUACAUGCUGGGCACUUUCUUUUGUCCUUUGAUCGGCGGCUAUAUCGCAGACAGGUUUGGACGCAAGGUGGUAGUGGUGGUGACACAAAUCGUUGUCACACUCUUCUCAAUCAUCAUUAUUUUCUUUAAUAACUUCAUCAUUAUCCUGGCACUCCGUUUCCUCCUCGGUUCCAGCAACAUGCUUACGUUUUUCAUCUACGCCAUGGAAGUGUGUGAACCCAAGCACCGCGGUACGGUGGGUAUCCUGAUUGGGUUGCCGUGGGCUCUGAGCACCAUGGCGUUUGGCGGCGUAGCUUACUUCAUCCGGGACUGGCGGUGGCUGCAGCUCGCUGUUUCUCUUCCUAAUGUCCUGAUCUUUCCUGCUCUUUACUUCAUGGACGAGUCUCCGCGAUGGCUUAUCGUGCGGGGCCGUCAUGAUCAGGCCAUGCGGGUGCUCCGCAAGGCCGCCCGCUGGAAUCGGGUGAAGCUGCAGCCAGAGGCAGAUCUCCGUGCCCUCAUGAAAGAGAUCCAGGAGGAGUCCUCGACGUGCUCAUCAGUGCCAGGUAACACAGACAUCAACACCAAGAAGUUCCGGCUCACCUUACCCAACCUGCUCAGUACACGAGCCAUACAAGUCAUCACUGCCGUGAUAUGCAUUGACUAUUUCGUUGUGAGUUUCGUGUUUGAUGGCCUCAACUACAGCGGGGACAUCUAUAGCGCCGAUCCUUUCCUAUACAUUAUACUGAACGGUCUAGUGGAGGUUCCAGGCUAUUCCGUCACGGCGCCCAUUGUCGACCGUUGGGGCAGGAAGAUGCCCACUGUAGUGAGCUACAUACUGAGUGGUGUCGUCAUCUUUGUGAUCGCCUUCAUUCCGCCAGACCUUCCCGCGCUGAUUUUGACGUUGGCUCUGGCUGGAAAAGUGUGCAUCAGUGGCGCCUACCAGAUUAUUUACUUGUAUUCCUCCGAGCUGUUCCCGACUGAGGUGCGGAUGCAAGGUAUCGGCGCGGCCAGUGUGUUUGCUCAGUUGGCGUCGACAGUAGUGCCUUUCGUCACUUCUGUCCUGGGCUCAGUGCUGCCGUGGUUGCCGUCACUCAUUUUCGGCAUAGCGGCGGCAGCAGCAGGAGCGUUAACGGUGACGCUAAGGGAGACAAAUGGCAUGCCGUUACCAGACACCAUUGCUGACCUAUCCGCCCCAGCCAAGGCUGAAAAUGACACCAAGAAAUGUCAAGAACCGCUGAUGAGUCACCACACCACAGACAGGUCGGAGGAGAGUUCAUGCCAGAAGGAAGAGGACAACUCACCCCCGUCCCUUGCCUAACUAAGGGACGUGAAGCGCCACCAAUAAAACUUACCGAUGUGUACUUGUUUCGUGGAGGGACAGUUCGAGGAGGCGUAGCUGACAAGAGUGGUAUAAUGUACGCUGCUUCAUGAAGGGUUAAUACGUGUUGGCUAUGGAACUGCCUCUUUGUGUAUUGGAAUCAGUACAAAGGAGUUAGACCAAAAAAGAUCUCUGGUUUCGUUAACAUGUCCUAAUGGUGAAAAAUAUCUACCUUAGACUGGAUUUGUUCUCAUUCAAAGGCCGUCUGCUCCGAUCUGACGUACGUGAUCUUGGUAUGGAAAAUUUUAAAUGAACAUUCCUCACAUUGUCUAAUUUGUUUGAAUUGACUGAUGUCGCUAGAACUCGUGAUUAUAGCAGAAAAAAAAUAAAAAUAAAUAAUAAAUAAAAUUAUGAAUUAAUAAACAAAUAAAUUAAGUAAAUACAUGUAAAUAGGUAAAGGGGCUAUCACACUGGGCCUAUAUGAUACGCGGAACGCGGGCCAUGAAUCUUGGUACGAAACCAGGAACACUAUCACACAAGCUGCCCGCGUUCUUGCUAUGCUAGGCAAACGGCCCACCAACCAAGACAAAACCUAGUCAAAAUAAACCAGAACAAAA